AUGGGGGACCCGUUGGAUGCUCUGAGGUCUCUUCUAGCUUCCCACUCCCCUCCUCUCCGCGCACUGGUUGUGCCUUCCGAGGACAACCAUCAGGUGAUCCCUGCUUCUUCAUCCCGGCCCUCCCUCCUCCUCCUCCUUCCAGCUCGCUAGAUUUUUCUUGCGUAACAGCUGCCAAGGAUGUAACAAUGCGUGGGCCACGGAGAUCGUGUAGCAAGGACUACGCAGUCGAUGAUAUGGAUUUCCAAUGUUUUUUUAUUACUGAGAUACGAUGUGUUUAUUUGUGCAACAUUUUUUCCUUUUUUUUACGGUAGUGAAACGUUUUUAUGCCAGAGCGAGUACGUGUCUGCGAGGGAUCAGAGACGCGCAUUUGUUUCUGGUUUCACCGGCAGCGCUGGUGCGCCUUGUUGUGUUAAUUUAUACUAUUAAGGAAAGAUCCUCUCCCUCUCCCCGUUUGUUUGCUAAUUUUGUGGUGCGUAAAUUAGGUCUGGCGCUUAUCACAUUGGACGAGGCGUUGCUGUGGACCGAUGGCAGAUAUUUCUUGCAAGCGACUCAGCAGCUGUCUGAUCGUUGGAAGCUCAUGCGAAUAGGUGAAGACCCAACCGUGGAGAGUUGGAUAUCAGAUGUGAGCCUCGUCGUCUCUUUUUAUUCCAGACCCCAGUGUUUCAGCCGACCAUUUUUCUGUCCGUUUCAUCUAACUGGAAAUUAUCACUGUUUAUGUUGUCGUCUCGGUGUCAAUGAGUCAUUUUCUCGUGAUUCCUAUUUUUCACUGUACUUCUCACCUUUAAUUUUUCAGAAUCUGCCACACGAUGCUGCGAUAGGAGUAAACCCUUGGUGCAUUUCUGUAGACACUGCACGUAGAUGGGAAACAGCUUUCUCCAAGAAAAAUCAAAAUCUUGUUCAGCUGGCCAAUGAUUUGGUGGACGAGGUCUGGAAAGAUCGCCCAGCAGAGGAAAUACUUCCUGUGAGCAUUCAACAACUGGAAUUCUCUGGUCUCUCUGUAUCAGAAAAGCUGAAGGAUCUAAGAGGGAAACUUACUCAGGAGAAAGCGUACGGCAUAGUUAUCACUGCACUUGACGAGGUUCGUACCCUGAAGAACAGUUUUCUAGAGUAUCUGGUCUGGGAUAUUGUUGCUAACUUUGGAUUGCCCUGUUGUUUGAAACCAGGUUGCGUGGCUUUGUAAUAUCAGAGGAAAUGAUGUAGCUUACUGCCCCGUUGUUCAUGCAUAUGCUAUAAUAACAGUUGAGUCUGCUUUCCUCUAUGUGGACAAGAGAAAGCUAUCUACUGAGGUCGGUCACUACCCCUUAGCUAUCUCUUUCCCUGAUUGCAUUGUUGAGAAUGAAACUAUUCACACAUCUUCAUCAAGUUAGUAAAGAAUGUAUCGGUAUUAUUGUGGUAAAGGAAUUAAUUUUUAAGAGUUUUGGAUGAAUUCAUACGAAACGCCAGGUCAUUAUUUUCUGUUAUUUGAUUCGAAACGCUAAUAUGAAAAUUUCACAUCCAUUCUGUCCGAUGUCCUUGUUAUUCUGUUAUUCGUGGUGAUGAUAUGCAGAGAUAGGAUUUUUUAUGGUAUCAGUCACGUUGCCACAAUCCCAAAAGAGUUCUAAAGGAACUUCUGUGUUUUUUUUUCUUGCAAUGUGUUGUUUUACUCCAAAACAAAGUUGGAUCCCAUUCGUGUUAGGUAGCUUACGUCACUUCAUCAACAUACAAUCCACCGAUCAUACAUCUUAAUUUUUGUAAUUGGAUCCAAUUAUGACCAAAAUUCCUGUUGGUCCGUCUUGUUUCUGAAAAUGCUGUGUUAUAUUGAGAAUCAGUGGCCAUGAUUUGAAGAAGGUAUUUGAUUGAAGGUUUCUUUAUCAUCAAGAACAAUUGUUGCAUAAAAUUUUUGAACUAUGGUUUGGAGACGCAAGCCAGUUGCAUUUUUAUGCUAUUUGUCAACUAAAUCCGUGUUUUGGUAUGCUGACGUCGUAACUUCAAUUAUCGAUUCUAGGUAAUUCAUCACUUGACUGAAAAUGGAAUUUUGAUUCGGGAAUAUAGUCAAGUUAUCUCUGAUGUAAGUCUGCUUGCGUCUGGGCAACUAUUACAAGAUAGCAAAUAUGAAUCUAAUACCACCGGAGGAAAUGAGCAAGGCAAUGUUGAUACCACUAGUCAGAUUGGGAAUGAAGAUGAAAAAGGAAAGCAUCUUAUCACAUGGAUAGACCCAAGUUCAUGCUGUUUUGUUCUGUAUUCAAAGUUGCCUUCGGGUAAGGUUCUCCUUCAGCCAUCACCAUUGGCUCUGGCAAAGGCUCUCAAGGUAAUGAGAAAAUCGCUAAAAUCUAAGUUACUCUUCUAUGUGAUUCUCUUAUGUCAUAUAGAUGCUUACUAUUGCUUUCAUAGAAUACUAAAGUUUUCAGUUGUUAUUAGACAUUCACUGGAUGUUUCUAGAAAAAAGUUAACAUUGAUGCAUUUUUCACUCAUUUUUGAUCCGGAAGACAUUGUUGUCUGUGCGAGUUGCCAUUGUCCACAUGGACACCUUGGCUUGAUACUACGGUUUGGAUUGGCGCUUCAAAUAUUAUAAACCAAAAAGUUAGCUCACCUUGAGAUCAUUUGGUUGUUUUCUUUUUCAAAUCUUAAACUAAAUUUAAUUAAUCACUGUUUGAAAAGCUAUUGACAUGUUUUUCUAAUUUGGAUGUUGUCUCUAUGCAUAUGGUUCAUAGAACCUGACUUUAAUUCAUUUCUUCUAAUUUAUGGUGAUCGAAUUUGGAAUGGUCUCCUAGAAAAAAAAAAACACAGAAGAAGUAAAAAAUUUAGGACCUGCUGUGUUCUCUUUUAGUGUUAACUUCGCUUUUUCACUUAAGAAAUUUCACAUAUAUUCCUAUGUCUUUCUACUCUAGAACCAUGUUGAGCUUGAUGGCUUAAGAAAAGCUCAUGUGCGGGAUGGUGCAGCUGUUGUGCAGUACCUUGCUUGGCUGGACGACCAGGUCUGUCAUUGUGCGAAACACUUCUUGUUCCUGAAACGAUGACUUCUAAUAUUGUACUUUUCUUAAUACUUUUGCAGAUGCAACAGAUUUAUGGAGCAUCCGGCUACUUUCUUGAGUCAGUGGGAACAAAAAAGAGAAGUAACUUGUAUGACUUCUGUCACGUACUUGUGCAAUAUAUUUUCAGCUGAUUAUGAGAUGUAUAUUAUUUGUGAACACAUGAAAGUAAUGAAGUAACGUGCCUUCCAAUGAAGACCAUGGCCAUGUAUUUUUUCCAUUCUAGGCAUUGAUGAAUUUUGUGUGAUGCUGAUAUUCCGGUGCUGUUUCUACUCUAUAAUCACAUUUUCAAGCGGGUCAUCUUUUAACAGAUGGAAAUUUUCUUCGAUUUCUGUGAAACGUUCCCUUUAAGUUUACUGAUUAAUCAAAUGAACCUAGAAUAUGAUCUCUUUACGUACUAUUUUUAUUUUUUUUCAGUUAUUCUGACACAAUUGUGCUGGCCUUUAUAAUUGGGGAAUCCAUUAGUUGGAUCUCAAAGAGCUUAUGACUUUGCUCCACAUUUCCCCUUUUAGCAUAUAUUGUUUAGGUAAAAGAUAUGUAUUUGUACACUUUUUUUGGAACUAAAUAGAAAAUUUCCACUUAAGAAAUUGAAUAGAGACACUCUUCAAGAACUCUAUUGCACUGUCGCUUUGGGCAUAAAUUUCGGUUUUGGAACUAAAUAGAAAAUUUCCACUUAAGAAAUUGAAUAGAGACACUCUUCAAGAACUCUAUUGCACUGUCGCUUUGGGCAUAAAUUUCGGUUUAGUUCCCCACAGAAAUGUACUACUGUGUAUCUUCACCAAAAAAAUCAGCUCGAAAAAGUCCAUUCUGCUGUUUUUGAUUCAUUCAUGUCAUCUAUGAACAGGAAUCAUGCUAAUGUUCUUUUUGUUGUUAGUUUUUAAUUAGAGACUUUUCAGAGAUUCCCUAUUGCAUUAUUCCAUCUUAAGAGAUUAAGCAUUGCAUUCUCAAGACCCCACAGUCAUCUGAACAUGCUCAGCCUACCCCUAAGAUAUUAUGUGUAACAUCAAAAAAUUAGACCAGUUAAGGUCUCCGGACCCAAAACUUUCGAGCAUUUGAAUACUCUCUCUCUCUCUCUCUCUCUCUCUCUCUUUCUCUCACUCACUCACUUUCGUGUGCAGAGAACUUCUUUCUCACUAUUUUAAUUCCAGAAGUAUCUUUCUUUAAAUGUAUGCUUUUGUGUUUUGUUGAUGUUGUGUUUACAAAUUAUAUCUAUUCUUUCGUUUUAUCAUUUUUUAUAUUUAUUUUUAUGCAAAUAUAUUUAUAAUUGAAUCACUGCUUCUUUGUUUGUUCAUGGAUGUGAUAGAGUGAAGCUGACAGAAGUAUCAGUAAGUGAUAAGUUAGAGGAGUUCCGCUCUAAAAAAGAGGUAAAUGCAGCUCUCCAUGCCUAUCUGACGAUGAAAGCCAUCACCCAUGACAUGUGAAGCCUGUGUUCCCUGCUAUGUUUGAUGCUAUAUGCGAAUUCAAUGAUAAUUUUCACGGAUUUUCUAGAAAAUUAUCGCUUUGUUAUUUUGUACUUAAGUUUUUGGGUAGAAUUGUAUGUUUAGUGCGUCUAGUAUUAAAUCAUUAGUGUCAUGAUAUAUUUAAAAUGUAUAUGAAAGAAACAGAGAGUUCCCGAAGGGGAAAGCCAGCGAGAGAGAGAGAGAGAGAAGGCUUCCAUCAAACCCUAAUUGAGAGACUCUGGUAUUUAUACCAGAGUCUCACGGGACCUAGUUGGGCCGAUAGGGCCCAUAUGGGCCAUUACGGCCAUGACUUGGAUGGGACAAUACAGUAUUCAACAGUUUUUUAUAUUACAAGGAGGAUGCUAUUAAAGGAUGCGAUGUAUACUUUUGAGUAAUAACCAUAUUUAUUGCUAAAAUCAUUAUGAAAGGUCAUCUGGUUGAAGGGGAUUCACCACCUUUACUGUUGAAGAUCAGAUAUUUGGUUUCCUCUUUAUGGUAAGUAAGCUUCUGCCUAGUUGCACUCAACUCGUAUGUGGUUGCCAUGACUCCUGAACCUUGUGAAUCAUGACUCUUGCACAAAACUUGUCUGGUUUGUAUCUCUGUUGCUUGCAAUGACUGCACCUCAAGUUGAUGGAAUAUUUACCCUUUAUUUAUCUGCAAGGGCAUUCUUUAUUGUGCCAUCGAGUGGAAGGGUGAGUUUACAGACUGUAUACAAGGGUGCUGUUUUGCAUAUCUGAGAAAAUAAUAUUUGGCGUUACUCUUUCGUGAGGAGCAUCUCAUGCAAUCAUGCUCUAUCUCGGUGUUUUAGUGCUUUGUUCUAUACGAGUCAUCUUUCCCCUUUCUUCUAGCCCUUUCAAAAUGUUUGCUUGCCAGAAAAAAUAGCCGCCUGAACCUGGUUUCACCUAUAUUAUAUGUGCAAAGGUCUGACUUGAGUGUUGCUACUUUUCUGUUAUGCUGCAGCUCUUUAAAGGUUUGAGUUUUCCAACUAUUUCUUCAGUUGGUCCGAAUGCGGCAAUCAUACACUAUAAACCUCAGUUAGAGACUUGUUCUGAACUUGAUGCUGACAGUAUAUAUCUAUUUGAUUCAGGGGCUCAGGUUUGUCCAGAUAGUCUCAUAAAGUUUCUUUAUUAAAAAAAUUUAUUGAAUAGUAUUACUGAUUGAAAUUUUUUUCUCAGUAUCAAGAUGGAACAACAGAUAUAACAAGAACUGUUCACUUUGGCAAACCUUCAGCUCAUGAGAAAGCAUGCUACACUGCAGUAUGAUGCCUCUCGUUAAUGAUCCAUCAAUGCCUUUAUUACCUUGCACUGUUUUUAUUAAAAUCAUCCAUUUUAGUCCUUUUUAAACAUGUUUAUUUUUAUUUAUCAUCGACAUACCUUGGAUGACUCAUGAAUUUCUAAUACUCUGUUCUGACACUGGGUAGAUUUGUGAAACAGAGUUUUGACUUUGACAUCAAGAUGUCGGAGAAGAAACUGAGGUUUCCAUGGUGGAUGUGACUGAGCCCGAAGACAAGAUAAAAAGAUGCACGUGAAGUUAUUCUUUUUCACCGAAGAAGUUGAUAAAUGAGACGUUGGAUGUGAUUUUUUCUUGAUGAAUUUACACAGUAAAAAAAUGGAAGCUAAAUUCGAAGCAAAAGAAGCAUUUACCCUUAAUUGGCUCUUGAAAUUAUGCAGAGUAUUGCAUGUCAAUUGAUACAGCUAAGGUCAAAAGGCUGGUAUUGCAUGUCAAUUGAUAAACCUGUUUUUUUCCGGACAAGAUUUGAACUUAAAGAAUUAACUUAUUGCUCUCCACAGAUUAAAUUAAAUGAGUGUAACCUUUAAAAUACAUAGGGCUUGGAAUGUUUCUCCCUUACUCUCUUGAAAAGUUCUAAAACUAAGUGCAACUUGGAGAGGCUGACAAGAAAACAAAAGCAAAAAUAGAGUAUUAGAAAAACAAAACUUCCUAAAAUAUCUCUAACAAAAACAAAAGCUUUCAAUUUUUUGGUAAUAAAAAACCGCUCCCAGGUGUGCGUUUGAGGUACUAAAGUAUUCAUGCAUUGCUUGCAAGUACUCUUCAGUAGGAUCAUAUGUGAUUCAACCUAUUACACUGACAGCAUAGGUGGUUAUCUUUGGCCUCGUGUGUGAUAGGUAAAUAAAUUUCCCGAUCAGGCUUUAAUAGCUUACUUUAUCGAUAGCAUUACUCGUUUCUUCUUUGCCCAACUUAUGGUUUUUGAUAUAAGUUUUUUGUUGAUUUGCUCCAAGUUUUCCUGUGUCCUUUUGUAAAUCUAAAACUAGAUUCCUUGUUUGAAGUUUGGGAAAUUCAAUCCCAAUAUUUUUUUUAAAAUUUCCCAACUCUUUAAUUUCAGAUUCACAAACUUUAGUAGAGCUUUGGUAUAUUGCUUACAGUUCAUCUUAUAUAUUGAUAAUGAUCGAUUUCAAGCCACAGACCAAUUAACUAGCUGUAGAAUUUGGUAAAAGACGGAGAACCUUGAAUUACUGACAUUACUUUAGUUUUUAAUUCAUAAAUCAUGUUAGCAGUUUACUUCAUUGAGUAUGUCUUUUGAAGCGUUACCAAAUGUCUCGCACUGUUGGCACGAUCCUUGAGUGCUCUUCAUCCCAUGCUUGGAACGUAGGAUCGCUCUCACUUGAAUCUGUCCUACAAUAGUGGCUAGUUUUCCCUUUUUCCUUUAAGAAUGUUCUCAUUUAUCGGAGAUCCAGGACAACUUCAGAGGUAGGCGCAUUGUUCUCAGAAGUGUGAAGCAUAUUCAUUAAGAAUAAUAAAAAAUAAAUGAAAAAAACAGAUGGCACUGGAACCGGGAAAUGUUGGAGGAAAGAAGAGGAGGGUAGUAAUGGAGGCUUAUGGAGAUGAUAGGUAACGAAGAAGAUUAGGGUUAGAAGUUUCAGUGUUCAGGUCGCCGCCAUGGCUCUGAUACCAUAAAGAAAGAACUUGUUAUUCCUCACAGUUUAACUGAAGAACGUAACCUUUGGAAGUCCUGAAAUUAAACCUGCCCAGAAAAAAUGGCAACGGAAAAACAGACCAUCCUGAAAAAUAUCUAACAAUCCUGAGUAAUAGGAAAAAUAUAUAUUGAUGAAAGGAUAUGAAAUUAGAAAUAUAUCUCUGAAAAUAUCUCACGAGUAAAUAGGAGAAAAGAAAUCUCUUUUGCAAAGCAGACGAAAACCCAUUGUUUUUCAUUUAUUCUAUAAAUUUGCGAAUACGUUCAAAAAAAAAAAAUUGCGCACAGAAAAAAAGUUAUGAACCAAGUCAAUCAGAAAAAUCAUCUGGAACAUAUGGAUAUAAAAUUAGCAACCCAAGAUCUUAGACUGAUUCAUAUUGUCUGGGACAGAGAUGAUCAAUUCAUAUGAAAUCGUCACAACUUUAGCUUGAGAAACAGAAACACCAAAGAUCAAGUUGACUGGCACAAACCAGAUUGACGGUCAUUAAAUUGUGCCAAUAAAUUAUCAUUUUAGGAUACAUAGUUGAAUCCCACUGUCAGGUUUUUUAAUUUGAAAUUCCAUCUCAUCAGUUUAGUUACUAUGCUUGAUAGAAUGGCUAUCCAUAACAGUUAUGUAAGUUCUUCAGGUUCUCAAAGGCCAUAUUGCUUUGGACAUUGCCACAUUUCCCAACGGGACAACUGGUAUUAACUGGCUCAUCUGCAUAAUUUGAAACCGCACGCCUUUUUUCUGUCUUACAUGAAAUUGCUCUUUGUGACAGGACACGCUUUGGAUAUUCUUGCUCGAACCCCUCUGUGGAAGCUUGGUCUUGAUUAUCGGCAUGGCACUGGCCAUGGAGUUGGAUCGUACCUGCUGGUUCAUGAAGGUUCAGUGAAGAACCCAUCCAAGUGUAUGCCUUUUUAGCUGCCCACUCGUUUUUAUACCAUGUGACACUGCGUCAUGUUGAGCAGGCCCUCAUCUUAUUAGCUUCAGACCUUAUGCCGGAAAUGUGGCGCUGCAGGCAUCCAUGACUGUUACAGAUGGUUAGUAUGAGCUCUGACCUGCGUGUUUUUUUUUUUUCUUUGGGCUGAUAUAUGUUGCGAAAACUCAUUACUUCUGAUUAUUUUCUUUCCCAAUGUGGUACUGUUCUACUCUUUCAAUCUAUCUUUCUUACUCAGGACUGUUCUUUAAGCUGAUAUUUUGUGAACUAGGUACUACUGAUAAUUUUUUCCAAAGUGGGAAUGUUUCACUUUUUCAAUCGAUUUUCGUGCAUCCUAACAAGUAAAUCAGAUUUUAUCAGACACCUGAUCCAGCUAACAUUUUUUUUAGGCUGAUAUUAUGUGAACUUAGUAUUAAUUAUUUUUUUCAAUAUAAAAAGAUUCUACUCAUUAAAUCUAUCUUUCACUCAUCUCCUCUGCUCUGACGACCUUACUUGAUAAAUCUUUAGCAUCCUAGAAUGUCAAUCAUCAGCCCACAGGAUGUCUUUCUCCACGUAUUUUUCAUGAGUAAAAGCUAAGUUUUGACUAGGGGGGGGGAGGGUAUUUCUGUAUUUUGUUUAUUGAUGCUCCGAUAUUCAUUCAUGUUCUAACAUGGAGACAUCCUUUUCAGAACCUGGGUACUACGAGGAUGGAAACUUCGGCAUAAGACUGGAGAACGUUCUUAUAGUAAAGGAAGCCACCACAGAGUUUGACUUUGGCGACAGAGGAUACUUGUCGUUUGAGCACAUAACAUGGGUAGGUUUCCUUCUAUGUGUGGAAAUAAUCCCUUCUUAUUUGACUGAAAUCGUGGUUACGGCGUGCCGUUCUCCUAUGAUCUGCUUUCAUUUAUUUACGAAGAAAAGUAUGCUCGAUCUCUCUAGGUGCCUUUCCAGAAGAAGAUGAUUGACCUGGCGGCGCUGACUCCUGAGGAGAUCCGGUGGGUGGACGAGUACCAUUCCACCUGCAGAGAGAUCCUGGCCCCUCAUCUCAACAAGGAGGAGAUCGGGUGGCUCAAAAGAGCGACUGAGCCGAUAAGUGCCUGA